GGGGGCCGGGCCGCUGAUUGGCGGGGCGGUGGCGCGGCCGCCAUGGAGCGCUGCGAUCGCGCGGCAGAGCCGGGCCCGCUGUGGGCCCCCGGGUCCUCCCGCCCGCCGGCAGCGGCGCAGGCCAUGGAUUCUCCCUAUGCCAAUGGAGCCUACAGCCCCUCCUACCCUCCUGGUGCUGCCCCACACUACACGGGGCUGCCACGGGGGUACCACUGCUCCGGGCCCCCUUAUCCCUCCGAGCCCACCGGCAGGUACCGGUGCCCAUCACCGGCUCCCCCCUGGAGCUACGCGGCACCGGAGGGUCCCAACGAGGGCUCCUCGCUCCGGAGGCAGCAGCAGGGUCCCAGCUACUCCCCACCGCAGACACCGGGAAUGCCCAUCCCGCAGUAUCCCUAUGGAGACAGCAGCUCAGGGGUCACCUCCCCACCGCAGCCCAGAGCCCUGGAGGACACAUGGGCUCCUCACCCUGUCUAUGGGGUGCAGCCACGGUACCCAUGGGCAUCCACUUCAGUGCACGGGAACCCCUUCGUGGCCGAUUCGCACCCAUCCUGGACCAGCAGCGGAGCAACUUCCCACCCCACUGCAUGGGACUCAAAGGACGUUGCUUAUGAGAAACCCGAGCACGGCACGAACCAUCACAGCUACUACCCCGACGGCAACCACCAGCCCUAUGGGACAGUGAAUGACCACGCAGCAGCCCCCCAGCACCCCAAGGUGCAGUACAGCGCCCAGCCCCAGCUCUAUGACAGCACGCCUCGGAAGCCUUGGGCCGGGAAUAGGGAGCUUCAACCUGGGGAGCACCGACCCACAGCGCAUUCCGCAGGCAUCCGGCCGGGAAUCCAGAGGAUCCUGCACGUUAUGGGGGAGGCGGAGCAGCUGGAGGAGGAGGUGGAUGAGUUUGUAGGGAAAAAGACGGAUAAAUCCUACCGGCUGCUGGAGGAGAUGCUGACCAAGCUGCUGCUGGAGCUGGAUUCCGUGGAGACGGGCGGCCAGGACAGUGUUCGGCAGGCCAGGAAGGAAUCCGUCCACAGAAUCCAGGCCAUACUGGAAAAACUGGAAAGAAAGGGAUUGUGAAAGCACAUCCUCAAGCUGCAGCAGGCGGCCCGGUGAGGAGGCUCCAUAGAGUCCCAGCUCUGCUAAAUCUCUGCUACGCACUGCUGGCAAUGGAAUAGCAAUAAGCCCUCACAAAGCCACCGAAACCCAACCCCGGGAGCUCAGCCCCAGCUGAUAACUUGGCAAUAGAUGAACUAAAAGAGGUUUGAAGCCAUAGAUUGAAUUGUUGAACCGUCGAGAUACCCACGAUGGAAAGGUCUCCGUGGGGAGACCCAGAGGGCUCUGCAUCCUCUCCAUCUCCAUCACUGUACAGAGGUUCCCCAGGC